GCUCGACUAGCGGUUCCAGGCGGCGUCUCCUCUCCAUACGGAACAUCCUGCCUUCUUAGCGGCGAGGGGGGGAGGAGAUAGAGAGAAAGAGAGCCGGAGGGAGGCGAGACGAGCCACUAAAUCUGUCAGGAGCGAAGAGAGAGGCGGCCUGGAACUAAAAAGGGGAAGGGGGACCCUUUUCUCCUUCUUUUUUCCCCCCCCGUCUGGCGUGUGGAUUUGCAAGCCCCGGGGCCCGCGGCGAGCUCUGAAAGUUGGACCCCAGACGGCUUGGACGACCCCCCUCGAAGGAGGCAGCGGCGGCUACCACCACCGCGACCGAGCAUGAGGCUGCUGCCCGGGUUGCUGCUGCUGCUGCUGGCCGCUGUGCCGCGGGCUCACGUCGCCGCGCAGGGACAGACGUGGUCGCCCGUCGAUGACGAAGGCUCAACGGGAGACGAAUUCUACGAUGAUGAGGACCUCUACUCGGGAUCUGGCUCGGGAUUUCCUGACAUCAGCGUGAGGUCGACAUCAGUGUCCAUUUCCUUCACCACAGAACAACCCGUCCCCCAAUCCACCACUCAGGCCACCAGCCCCGCCCCAUCCGCCGCGCCCGCGGUGGAACCCAGCGCCGACCCGGACCCCGCCGUCGCCAUCACCAUCGCAGCUACCACGGCAACUGUCGUCGCUACCACGAAGGCCACCGCCGCCACCACCACCACCACCGCCGCCACCACCACCCUUCUGUCUACGGAAACAGAUGGCGAGAGCAGUGCAUUCUGGGAGCUGGAGCUAGAAAAGGAGAAGCAACUAGAAAGGGAGCGAGAACGGGAACGAGAGCGGGAGCGGGUCCGGGAGAUGGAGCGGCAACGGGAGCGUGAAAGAGAACGGGAGCGUGAAAGAGAACGGGAACGAGAACGGCAACGAGAGCGGGAGAGGGAACGCGAGCUGGAGCGCAUACGGGCCGCCGCCGCCAGAACCACCGCCUCCCCCAAAUCUUCACCGCCAGUCGCCGUAGUGACAACAGCAUCUCCCGCUGAAGAAGAAGAGGACGUGUACCUGUCGCCGGAGCCGACGUCGCUCUACCCCUCGUUAGACGCGGAGUCCACUACGGAGGAGGCGUCGACAACAAAUGUUCCCACCACCACCACCGCCCCGCCCACUACCACCCUGGCCACCACUCUCAAGUCCAGGUUCCCCUUCAGGCCCAGGGUUCCCGUGGCGACCACCACGCUGAAGGCACCCACAGAGAGAAGCACACGCCCGCCACUGCCAAAUGCCACACAGGCGCGCACAGAGGAGGGCAACAACGAGCUGGCCGCUGUCGGGCCCAGCGGGGACUUCGAGAUCCGUGAGGACCAGAGAAACGACCUGGGCCGGGGACUGGUGCCAGAGGAUCCGGAUCUGGUCGGCAACACGGUGGACGCCGGCAGCUCGGCCGCGCAGCUUCCGCAGAAGAACAUCCUAGAGAGGAAAGAAGUCUUGAUAGCUGUCAUCGUCGGCGGCGUGGUGGGCGCCCUGUUCGCCGCCUUCCUGGUCAUGCUCCUCGUCUACCGCAUGAAGAAGAAAGACGAAGGCAGCUACACACUGGAGGAGCCCAAGCAGGCCACCGUCACCUACCAGAAGCCGGACAAGCAGGAAGAGUUUUACGCGUAACGCCCGAACGCACCGUCACGACCGCCGCCAUGACGCCAAACCUCCUCUUCCUCUGCAUCGCUUUCCAUCCAUCCCCCUCUCUCUCUUCCUCUCGUCUGCCAACCACGAGAGCGCCUUUUUUUGCGGACUUCUUGGAACUUUCUUUUCAAUGAAAGCGUGGGGGAAAAGGGGACAAAAAAAAACAAACAAAAAGAAAAUAUUCUUUAAAAAAAAAAUAACACAUACACUUUUUUUUUUCCAAUGUUAUUAAUAUUCUCUUGUUCUGUAUGUGAUAUGAUUAUUUUGUAAGAAAAACAUCAAAACUAAACACGUUUGUGUGUUGGCGUUCAAAAAAAAAAACUAAACAAAAGGUACCCUUAAGUUUUUAAGCGAAAAAGUAAGAGAGGCGUCGGGGUACGGAAGAUUCCCGCUAUCUGAUUGGUCGCACAGAGCAGGAAGUCCAAAGGAAAGGUCUCGUCGGUGCCUUCCGUCCUUCCUCUCGCACGUCCGCUCUCUCUGCGCUCGUCCAAUCGGAACACGUUGCUGUACAAAGACAGUUGACUGAUAGUAAUAAUCCAUAAUAUAUCCAUCAAUGUUUUGGCCUGGGUCGUUGAAUUAUUACAAUAAUAAUAAUAAUAAUAAUAAUGCUGUAUUGAUAAUAAUACUUAAACAAGAGGAUGUGUAUUUAGCUGUUUAAAACAAAACAAAAAACUUUAUAUGUAAAUAUCAGCGUUAUCCUCUUCCGGCAUCGCUAAUCAUCUGCAUGAGUAUUUUUCUUUGUUUUUUAAUUUAUCUGUCAUCACUUUAGAUGAGCUGUGCUCUCGUCACACACACGCGCGCACACACACAAAAACUUCAUUUUCACUUCCUGUCUUGAUAUCGUUGUGUCUUUUCUACUUCCUGUCCUAACGUUCAACAUACAAAACGCACACGUGAACUGCAAUACUGUCGAUCGCAACGUCAUGGGUUGACAUCAGCCUGUUUUUUUUUUUUUAUCUAUUGUCGCUCGGUUUUGCACCCUUACCACCAUGUUUGCAUGACUUUCAUACCGCCUGUAGAGGAGGAGGGGGGGCAACAGGUUUGGAUUUGGGGUGGGGGGGUGCUUCUAUCUAAGAUUGUAAUCAUGCCAGUGCGACUGGGCUAGUAGCUUCUUAUACUCAGUACUGUAGAUACGGAAAAAAAAAAAACAUGCAUGGGAGUCAAACUAUACUUUUGUGUGUGUGUGUGUGUGUCUGUGUGUGUGUGUGUGUGGUGGUCGAAUGGGUGUUAACCUAAGUUCUCACUCUUCCACAGAUUGGUGGGACGCCUCAUUCACUGGUGUGUGCGUGAAUAUCUCGCCUGAAAAUGUCACUUUUAACUCAUUGGCUGCCAUUAAUGAAGAUAGACUCAUUCAAAACUCUAAGAAGGUUACUGUCAAAUUAACAAAUUACUGUAAAUAGAAUGACAUUUUGACUGGCGUUUUAUUGUGGUCUGAUGGUAGAGGUGAUGUCACCAGUUUUUGUUUGUCCCCUACUCCAAAUGGGGUUUAAACUAGUGGCGGUCGAGCGCACUGACCACUGAGCUAAUACCUGAAGCUAGCUUUCACUGCAAUCUCGUGCUUUUCAGUUCUUAGGAGUAAGGUUCUUCUAACCUUUUACACACACAUCACGUAGCUCAGCAGUCGGCACCCUCGACUGCCCCCACUCCAAUUGGGGUUUGAAUUUGUGGCAGUCGAGGGCACUGACUACUGAGGUAAUAGCCAAAGCUAGCCUUAGCUGCCAUCUUGUUCUUUUCAGUUCUUGAGUAAGGUACUUCUAAGCUUUUACACACACAUCACUUGCUCCAAAUGGUCGUUCAGCACCUCAGCAGUCAGCAACCUCGACUGCCCCCACUCCAAAUGGGGUUUGAACUCGUGGCGGUCGAGCGCACUGACUACUGCGCUAAUAGCCGAAGCUAGCUUUAGCUGCCAUCUUCUUCUACUCGGUUCUUGAGUAAGGUUCUUCUAUGCUUUUACACACAUAUCAGGUAGCUCAGCAGUCAGCACCCUCGACUGCCCCCACUCCAAAUGGGGUUUGAACUUGUGGCAGUUGAGCGCACUGACUACUGAGCUAAUAGCUAAAGCUAGCCUUAGCUGCCAGCUUGUUCUUUUCAGUUCGUGAGAAAGGUUCUUCCUCCAAAUGGUCUUCAGUAGUUUAGCAGUCAGCACCCUCGACACCCCCCACUCCAAAUGGGGUUUGAACUCGUGGCAGUCGAGUGCACUCACUACUGAGCUAAUAGCCAAAGCAAGCUUCUUCUUUUCAUUUCUUAGGAAUAAGGUUCUUCAGUAGCUCAGCAGUCUGCACCCUCGACAGCCCCCACUCCAAAUGGGGUUUGAACGCGUGGCAGUCAAGCGCACUGAUUACUGAGCUAAUAGCCGAAGCUAGCCUUAGCUGCCAUCUUGUUCUUUUCUGUUCUUGAGUAAGGUUCUUCCUCCAAAUAGUCUUCAGUAGCUCAGCAGUCAGCACCCUCGACAGCCCCCUCUCCAAAUGGAGUUUGAACUCAUUGCAGUCGAGCGCACUCACUACUGAGCUAAUAGCCAAAGCAAGCUUCUUCUUUUCAUUUCUGAGGAAUAAAGUUCUUUUAACCUUCUACACACACAUCACUUGCUCCAAAUGGUCUUCAGUAGCUCAGCAGUUAGCACCCUCGACAGCUCCCACUCCAAAUGGGGUUUGAACUCGUGGCAGUUCAGCGCACCAACUAUUGAGGUAAUAGUCGAAGCUAGCUUUAGCCAUCUCAUUCUUUUCAGUUCUUAGAUGAAAGGUUCUUCUAACCUUCUACUUACACAUCACUUGCUCAAAAUGGUCGUUCAGCAGUCAGCACCCUGGACUGCCCUCACUCCAAAUGGGGUUUGAACUCGUGGCGGUCGAACGCACGGACUACUGAGCUAAUAGCCAAAGCUACCUUCAGCUGCCAUCUGACUCUUUUCAGUUUUUAGGAGUAAGGUUCUUCUAACCUUCUACUUACACAUCACUUGCUCCAAAUGGUUGUUCAGCAGCUCAGCAGUCAGCACCCACGAGUACCCCCACUCUAAAUGGGGUUUGAACUUGUGGCAGUCUAGCGCACUGGUUACUGAGCUAAUAGCUGAAGUUUUAGAAGUAAGGUCCUUCUAAUCUUUUACACACACAUCGCGUACCUCAGCAGUCAGCACCCUCGACUGCCCCACUAGAAGUAGGGUUUGAACUCAAUGCAGUCAAUCGCGCUGAUUACUAAGCUAAUAGCCUAAGCUAGCCUUAGCUGCCAUCUUGGUCUUCUCUGUUCCUGAGUAAGAUUCUUCUUCCAAAUGAUCUUUAGUAGCUCAAUAGUCAGCACCCUCGACAGCCCCCACUUCAAAUGGGGUUUGAACUCGUGGCAGUCGAGCGCACUGACUACUGAGCUAAUAGCCAAUGCUAACUUCCGCUCUCAACACAUUCUUUUAAGUUUUUAGGGGUAAGGUUCUUCUAACCUUUUACACAUCCAUCACUUGCUACAAAUGGUCUUCAGUACCUCAGCAGUCCAUACCUCGCCUGGCGCAGUGACGUCACCACCAUCAAGACUGGUACAUAUGGAUCGCAAUGUUAAAAAAAAUGACGAUGCUAAUUUUUUUUUUAAAUGAUUUCAUGUUUUAAAAAAAAUCAACAAAAACAUAACUUAAGCAUUAUGCACAUUUUAUGGAAUUUUUUUAACAGUAAAUUUUUGGCAAACCGUAAACCCACCGUAAAACACCGUAAAAACAACUUUAAAUUACAGUAAAAUACUGUCUGCUGUAUGGGAUAGAGUAUAAUACAUGUAAAAAACAGUAUAGUGCCUCACUUGUUUUUAAGCUAACACUCAUAGUAGAGAAAAAAAAUCAUAAAAUGAUAUAUAAUCUUAUUUAUAUAUAUUAGUCCAUAUAUCUCCAGUCUCAAUGAUGGGGAUAAAAACACACAUUGAGCGUCCUGACUGCUGAGCUACUGGUUGAAGGAAGUUCUGUGCAUGUAGGAAGUUUAGGAAAACUGUACUAGCAUACUUGAGAACUUAAAAGAACAUACUAGAAACUACUAGCAUACUAGAAUGGGAUGUUAGCUCAGUAGUCAGCACGUUCGACUGCCACGGCGACAAUACGGAUUCAAACCCAGGUUAUUUUUUUCCACAUUAUUUUUUUUGUUAAUUUGACGCUAACCCUGGAAGGGCGUGGCUAUUUUCUGUCUAUUGUACUGAAAAUUUUGACAUUUUUUGUUGUUUUUUUU